CUUCCUCGCACUUGACGGCCUCUUCCGCCGGAAGUAAACAUCACGUGACUCUGAAAAUCAGCUGAUCCUCCGUAGACAUCUUUACGAGUCACGACUGCGGCGAUUAAUUCAAACAGUCUCCUCUGUGAUUCUCGGGCCCAGGCGGAUCUUUGACAACUGCAGCCAUGGCGCUGAGCGAUGCCGACGUACAGAAGCAGAUUAAGCACAUGAUGGCCUUCAUCGAGCAGGAGGCAAACGAGAAGGCGGAGGAAAUUGAUGCAAAGGCAGAAGAAGAGUUCAACAUUGAGAAGGGCCGCCUGGUCCAGACCCAGAGGCUGAAGAUAAUGGAGUACUAUGAGAAGAAAGAGAAGCAGAUUGAGCAACAGAAGAAAAUUCAGAUGUCUAACCUGAUGAACCAGGCUCGACUGAAGGUGCUGAAGGCCCGUGAUGAUAUGAUCUCGGAAAUGCUGAAUGAAGCUCGCCAGCGGCUCGCUAACAUUGCAAAAGACCCGGCCAGGUAUUCAACUCUGAUCGAUGGACUGAUCUUACAGGGGUUUUACCAGCUGCUGGAGCCCAAAGUGACCAUUCGCUGUCGUAAACAGGACAUACCGCUGGUGCAGGCAUCCAUCCAGAAGAACAUUCCCAUAUAUAAAGCAGCCGUGAAGAACAACCUUGAGGUCCGCAUUGACCAGGAUAACUUCCUCUCCCCUGACGUGUCUGGAGGUAUUGAGAUCUAUAAUGGAGACGGGAAGAUCAAGGUGUCCAACACUCUGGAGAGCAGACUGGACCUCAUGGCUCAGCAGAUGAUGCCUGAAAUCCGAGUGGCUCUCUUCGGUGCCAACCCAAACCGCAAGUUUAUGGACUGAGAACCUCUGCUGUACGAGAGAGAGAGAGGAACACUCCUUUUAAUUUUUUAUUUUGUCAUAUAAAAGACGUCAUUCCUUUAUGUCUGUGAAAUUUCUGACGCAAAAAAGAUGUUGUUGUGUGAUGUAUUGCUGUAUUUUUUCCGUGCAUUAAGGGACAUGAUAGAUGCUGCAACUCAACAUUACAGAUGUGUACAGCUGUAAGCACUGGUUUGCUCUGCUGCUCCCAUUCAUGGGCCUCAGUUUACACUGAUCAGUCAGGGAAGACGGGAUGGGGUGACUGGCUGGAUGUUAAACAAGUUGUCCUCUAACUGGAUUAGUUUCAUGACAAACAUAGCAUCUGUGUCACGGUUUUCCCAGUUUCAUUACCCUCUGCACCACAUUAUGGGUUGCAUGGAGCAUUGUGUUGCUAAUGGGUGUCUGCUCCAGCCAAUCACACACAUAUAUAUACAUAUAUAUAUACAUAUAUAUAUACAUAUACAUAUAUAGGCGCACGCGCACACACAAAUGGAAUCCAUAGAAACAAAACUGAAGGUUGGAUAUGAUCUUAGAGUUAAUUUAUUCAUGUUACAUCAACUGUACCAUAUCCUCCUGUCAUGAAUUAAAGGAGUGGCUGAUAUCCUUCCAGAGGGUGCCCUGUAUGUAUAUGAGGUUUCCAGAUUAAAUUAUAUGUAUGUGUGUGUGUGGUGGUUGUUUGUUUUGAUUUCUCAUCCUUUUUCUUUUUGUUUUUUGAUUGUCUCAAAUUCAAAAUGUUUUAUUGUGGGAAUAUAUAUAAAGUAUAAAAUCUGAA